UUUUCAGAAACCACAAGCAAUUGGAAGCUACCCAUUGCUCUUGUUUUUCUUUGUUCUCUUUUCGGAACGAGCAACGGUGGUCUACAAAGAUGGGAGACGACUCACUCCACCUGUAUUACCUCCCAGCAGCCUACUUUUCUCACAGAAUAAUGAUCGCUCUGGCAGAGAAGAAAUUGGAAUACCAGCAGACUGUCGUCGACAUCAACAAAAACGAGCAGAACCAGCCCUGGUACUUGCGGGUAAACCCGAAGGGACAGAUUCCUGCGCUGAGAAUCGGAGGCCGAAUCAUUCCGGAGUCACUGAGGAUCAUGGAAGCCGUUGACAAACACCCCAAAGGCCAAGGUCCACGUUUGGUGCCCGACGAGAGUACUCCAGUAGGGAAACUGGUAAAGGAGUGGCGGGAAAAAAUCCAUUCCUUCCCGAUUCGAGUUAUCACGUUUGGGAUCAUUCUGAAUCCUGAAAAUCACACUGACGAAUUGAAAGUUCCAAAGUUCCUUAUAGGAUCCAAAGAAGCGUACGCCAAGAGUGUGGCCGACCUCAUCCCGUACUUUGAACAGCUGAAGAAGGACAACCCGGAUAUCACCGAGGCUGUCAACGUCAAGAUGGAAGCCGCCAGAAACAACGACAUGGCCCGGUUUGGCUUGGAAAAUGUGGAAAAGAUUUUGAAAGAAGUGGACAAAACCUUCGAUGAAGCGGAAGCUCAACUCCAAAAGAACAAAAAAGGUUUGUAGACCCAGUGAAGCGACCGGCGUUGAAGGAGUACUGGGACCGAGCCUUUCAGCGUCCUAGCGUCAGGCAGACCGUGACGAAGGUGCCAACAAACUGAGGCUUUGUUCUGUGCACUGAUGACAGGGAGAUUUUUGACAGGGGACAUGUGGGACGGGAGCAGCGUAGACUUGAAGUCUUAUAUAAUAAUAGUUGUGCCACAACGUGGUGGAAUCAGACUGUGAACAGUCUAGGAUUAUAUUUCAAAAGUCUAUGUGAGGCCAUAACAGUGAACAGUGAACAGUCUAGGAUUACAUUUCAAGUCUAUGGGAGGCCAUGACAGGGAGCAGUCUAGGAAAUAUAUUCAAGUCUGUUUGUGGGGAACAGGGGGCGGACAGUGAACAGUCUAGGAUUAUAUUUCAAGUCUAUGGGAGGCCAUGACAGUGGUUGCCGAGUUAAAGUUAAAUCAGAUUAUUAUAUACAGGGUGAUAAAAAAAAUUGUACAACUUUUUUUGUUAAUAUUUUCCUCUAUGCUGAAGUUUUGCUUUUCAAAUUUGGACACAACAUUUGGAAGUCAAAAGGAAUUUGUAUGAUAUUCAUUUACGAAAAAAUCCAUAAAAUAGUUUUGCUCUUCAAAACGC